AGCGACUUUAUCGGUGAUUACCAUUUACUUAUGUAGUAAACAAUUUGUACACAACUCUUUCAAAAACACACACUGACACACUGAACUUGGAUCUUGAAAAAGAAUCACAAAGAUGGCGAGCUCUAAAUCUGUGAACAAGAGUGUUCUUCUGCUAUGCGGCGAUUUCAUGGAAGACUGGGAAGCUAUGGUUCCGUUUCAAGCAUUACAGGCAUAUGGAGUAUCCGUUGAUGCUGUUUGUCCCGGAAAGAAAACUGGUGAUAUUUGUCCCACUGUUGUUCAGCAGGGUUCUGUUUAUCAGACCUACUCUGAGUCUAGAGGUCACAAUUUUGUCUUAAAUGCAACUUUCGAUGAUAUUGAAGCCGACAAAUACGAUGGGCUACUGAUACCAGGAGGACGUGCAGCAGAAUAUCAGGCGAUGGAUAAAUCUGUGCAGGAGUUGGUGAAUUCAUUUUCUAAAUCUGGAAAGCCAAUUGCUGCUAUUUGCCACGGGCAGCUGAUUUUAGCAGCUGCAGAUAUACUUAGAGGCCGGAAAUGCACUGCAUACCCCACUUUAAAACCAGUACUCAUUUCUGCAGGUGCUCAUUGGAUUGAAGCAGAUACCUUGGCUAAAUGCACUGCAGAUGGCAAUCUUAUCACGGGAGCUACGUAUAAUGCCCAUCCAGAGUACAUCCGUCAUUUCAUCAAGGCACUAGGUGGCACUAUAACCGGCUCAAAUAAAAAGAUUCUGUUCCUCUGUGGGGAUUACAUGGAAGACUAUGAAGUGGUAGUUCCUUUUCAGGCCCUUCAAGCUAUUGACUGUAAUGUCGAUGCUGUCUGUCCCAAGAAGGGGGCGGGUGAUAUAUGCGCAACAGCUGUCCAUGAUUUUGAGGGUGACCAAACUUACAGUGAGAAACCAGGUCAUCUUUUUAAGCUAACAGCCACUUAUGAAGGUCUAGAUGCUUCAAGCUAUGAUGCUCUUGUUAUUCCUGGAGGCAGAGCACCAGAAUACUUGGCUCUAGACGAGACUGUCCUCAAACUGGUGAAGGAGUUUAUGGAAGCCCGAAAGCCAGUAGCAUCCAUCUGCCACGGGCAACAAAUUUUGUCAGCUGCUGGUGUCCUCAAGGGGAAGAAAUGCACUGCAUACCCUGCAGUGAAACUGAAUGUGGUCUUGGCUGGUGCAACAUGGUUAGAACCUGAUCCAAUAAGUCGCUGCUACACUGAUGAGAAUUUGGUGACCGGAGCAGCCUGGCCAGCUCACCCUGACUUCAUUUCUCAGCUUAUGUCACUUCUCAAUAUCCAUGUAUCUUUCUAAGUCGUGUACCAUGUCAAGUGUCUGUAACUUGUGGCUCGUAUCUGAAAAAUAAUCAAAAAGUCAGACAACUUCUUGUAUCUGAAUCAUCAUAUAUACUAUAAUUCAGUGAAUUGUCUUUUUGACCUCCA